AUGACAGGAAAGAAGAAACACUCUAGUAGCGUGUUUCGAAUAGUCAGAGGGCUCGGCGCAGCGCUGCUGCUCGUUCUCGUCUUAAAGCCCAUCGUGCCGUGCCUGUGGUCGCGGGAACCCGGCAUCUGUCCAAUCCUCGAGAUCCCGCCUCUCGCGCGACGAGAGAUUAAGGAGACCGUUGACGCCACGAAACUGGAUUCACGAGUUCCAGUCUCUGAAAGUGCGAGCAGCGUUUCGGAAACGGUAAAGAGCGAGGCAAAGAAGCUGGAGGAGCAGCGGGUGGGUGAUGCAGCAGCAGCGGAAAAUGGCAGGGAGUUAGCUGCUGCGAAGCUCGCCUUAUCCGCUGAGCUCGAUUCACCUAAUAACGAGGAUAACUUCUUAUCGUCGCAAACGAGAAGUUCGGGUGUAGAGGAGGAGGCGGAGGAGGAGUCGCUGAGGGCAGCCAUCGAGGCGAUGUCGGAAGAAGACAAGGAGCGCGAGGUGAAGUCGCUGUGGCGCUGCCAGGGCGGAUCCGGCGCCGUCGACUGCUCUGAACCGCAGUCGCUCUUGCUGGCCGAGGGAUCUCUAUCGGAGCGCGUGCACGCGGUGUGCGCGGCGUACGCGCUGACGGCGCUCACCAGCGCGCCCACGCUCGCCGUCUGGCCCGCCGACCGCCACCUGCCCGCCACCACCUUCCGCCACCUCUUCCGCCCCGCCAGCAGCAUGGCCACACCCCCGGGGGACGUGGUGGACAGCGCGGUGAGCGGAGAGGCGCGCGACGUGUGGGUGCGCGGCGUGGGCAUGGCCAGCAGCGAGCUCACAGCCCGCCUGCCCGCGCCACAGCAGGUGAUGCUCAAGGAGUGUCCACGAGGCAGCAGGAAGAAGAGCAGGCGCACUGCCCUGCCCUUCCGCCGCUACCUCUCCCCCUCCGCUCCGUCCCAGGCUUCCGGUGCUCUGAACCUGGACGGCUGCGCGUACGACAAGCACGUGGACGCGUGUCUGGGGCGCCUGCGCCCCUCCACAGCAGUGGGCGAGCUGGUGAUGCGGGAGGACCUGGACGCACUCAAGCUCUCCAAGGCCAUCUAUGUGUCGAACCCCCCUGCUGGUACCCCCUGUUCCGGUUGUCCCCGAAUGGCCAACUCGUCCGCCCCCCUGUGCGCCAUGCGCCGCGUCACCAUGGCCUUCCUGCACGACCCCCACGUCUCCUUCGCCCUUGCCGCCCGCGCCGCCCCUGACGUCACCGCUGUUGGGGACUUCUUCAGCGAGCUGCGCCGCCCGCUCGUGCUCAAGGCCAGCCAAUCACGGCUGGAUACGUGUCAGGAGGGAGGGAGGAGGGAGUUGGCGGAGGGGAAGGGGGUGCUGGGGAGUGAAGUGGGCGGGACCAGCAUAAAGUGCGCUCAGCUGCAGGCAGCGGAGCUGUUCGCGCUGAGCUUCGCGAGGGCGCUGGUGCCGAUCCACCGGUGGGCCAUCGAGCCGCGCUUCAUCCUCGCCCAGGGCUCCCGCCGCUCCCCCGCCUUCCAGGUGCUGCCGUCCAUCUGCGAGACAGAAAGAUUGCCGCCCAUCAUUCGCCACCGGUGGUCGUGGUUCACACAGGUGGAAGAGAAGCUGAAGCUAGUGGUGUGCACCAUGCCCAAGGUAGCAGCCAACUCGUGGCUCAUGUGGCUGCGCGCCAAGCUGGGGCAGCCCAACCCGAAUGACCCCAUUCUCGCCCUCGACGUCGACAAGGCGGGCUGGCACCUGCUGGGCCGCCACUUCACAGAGAAGGAAGCAGUCCGCCUGGUGACGCGCCCUGACUUCUUCCGCUUCACCUUUGUGCGCAACCCCUUCUCGCGCGCCCUCUCCGCCUACUCCAACAAGCUCGUGGUCACGGACACGCCCAACAACAAGACGGGCCCAGGGUCCAGAGAGUACUGGAACGAGCGUUUCUUCCGCUUCGUGCGGCCACAGUUUGAGCUGAUCAAGGGCGAGGACGACCUGGUAUCGUUCCCCGACUUCAUGCGCCUCGUGGCCCUCAUGAAGAGGAACUUCCGCUGGAAGAUGGACCGCCACAUCGCCCCUCAGGUGGACGUGUGCUUCAUGCAGAUGAUCAAGUACGACUUUGUGGGGCGGUUUGAGAAUCUGGAGGAGGAUGCCAAGUAUGUGGUGAAUCGAUUCGGAGGCGACCAUCUCGACAUCUUCAACUUUGGCGUCAACGCACACCAGACCCGCGCCGACACCAAGCUUGUCAAGAAAUACACCAAGGAAGCAUAUGAGCUCGUGAAGGAGGUAUAUGCUCAAGACUUCUUCAUCCCUCUCAAUAAUAUCACACAAACGGCACCUCCUAAUAUGGCGGCAUUGCGGCGGUUACCGCCGGGAUUCGGCUUCCGCCCGACGGACGAGGAGCUGGUCCAAGGCUACCUGCGGCGGAAGGUGGAGGCCGCGGAAGGCCGCCGCGCGGACGACGACGACGGGCUGAUCGCUGAGGUCGACAUUCUCCGCUACGAGCCGUGGGACCUGCCCAGCCAGUCGCCCCUCGAGGCCGGCGAGUGGUACUUCUUCUGCGCUCUCAAGAAGAAAUAUCCGCGCGGCUCGCGCGCGAAUCGCGCCACGGCGAGAGGGUACUGGAAGUCGACCGGCAACGACAAGCCCGUGCGCAGCUCGCGCACGUCGCCACCAAUAGGGUUCCGGAAGACGCUCGUGUUCCACCUGGGGAGGGCGCCACGUGGCGAGCGGACGGACUGGAUGAUGUAUGAGUACCGGCUGGAGCCCGCGGCCGUGGCGGACUACGUGCUGUGCCGCUUGUUCAAGAACAACGAGCUGCCUGCUGCAAGCGAGCCGCUUGCUGCGCAGCUGAUGGAUGUUCUGGGGCUCGAGGAGGCCGACCUCCUGCCCCUCGACCCUGCCGCCGCGCCGCUUCCCAUUGUCGUGCCAGUGAGCGACGUGGAUUUGGACACAUUCUGGGAGAAUAUUUUGCGGCAAGCUGUGUCGGCUGCGGGGUCUGCGGCGGGCUAUGUGACGGAGCAUGGGGCGAGCCACAUGGCGGAGCAUGGGGCGAGCUAUGUGGCAGAGCAGGAGGAGAGCCAUGUGGCAAAGGCGGACGAGUGGCGUACAGUGGAGCUGCCUCCGCCUGAUCUGUCCGAGGGUUUCUCCAUGGACGAAAGCCACGCCGCACCCUCCGCUCCUGCCACUUUCGUUGCACAGCGUGCGAUGGCGGCACCCGGUGGUUCCGCGCCUGCUGCCCUUGCUGGCGCAGCUCUUGGAGCGGCAGAGCGACGGCCAUUCAGUGCAGCGGCCGCAGCAGCAGUACCCUCAAGAGCAACGGGUCGGCCGAGGUCGCGGCCUGCGCGCGUAGCUGGCGCCGUCAUGCACGGCCGGCGCAUGCAGGCGCUCAACGCGCCGCAGCUGGCGUGUGGCAGCAGGGGAGCGAGGCUGGCGAGCAGCGGCGGUGGGCGCAGCGGCACGCCGUCUCGGAAUCUGGGCGCGCGCCCUGCGCCUCAUGCACAGUUGCUUCUCGCGGAGGCCAGUGGCAGUGUGGGUGAUGAGAACUGUCUCAUGGGUGCUGAGAACUGUCUCAUGGGUGCUGAGAACUGUCUCAUGGGUGCUGAGAACUGUCUCAUGGGUGCUGAGAACUGUCUCAUGGGUGCGCAAGGGUUGUCUAGGGAUCAGCAUGAGGGCAUGGUAGCAGCAAAACCCGUAGCAGCAACACCCGUAGCAGCAACACCCAUAGCAGCAACACCCGUAGCAGCAACACCCGUAGCAGCAACACCCGUAGCAGCAACACCCAUAGCAGCGUUUGAUGGGCGGGGUCUGGAUUCACGCAUGGAGCUCAGCGCCGUUGCAGUCGCUGAUGGGUCAUGCCUGUUUCUGCGUGUGUGUCUGCACGCGCGUGCAUGUGUGUGUGUGUGUGUGUGUGUGUGUGUGUGUGUGUGUGUGUGUGCGUGCGCGCGUGCGUGCGUGCGUGCGUGCGUGCGUGCGUGUGUGCGUGCGUGCGUGCAGGCCGGUGCGGUAGAGGCCGGUGCGGUAGAGGCCGGUGUUCCUAUAGCUGACGGCAUGUCGGAGACCCCUUUGCCCAUUGCCCCUACCAUGGCUGCACCCAGCCCACCUGUGGCCGCUGGGCUGCAUCUAGCCCCUCCGCCCGUCCCUGCUGCUCGAGCGGUUGCCCCCGCUGCUGCUCCUGCAGCAGCAGAGGUGGUGCUUCCGCCCCCGGUGGCAGCACCAGCAGCAGCUGCGGAGGUGGGGGCAGGCGGGGCAGCAGCUGGUGCCAUGGUGGUGGAAGGGGGAGGUGCGGUGGUGGAAGGGGGAGGUGCAGUGGUGGAAGGGGGAGGUGCGGUGGUGGAAGGGGGAGGUGCGGUGGUGGAAGGGGGAGGUGCGGUGGUGGAAGGGGGAGGUGCAGUGGUGGAAGGGGGAGGUGCGGUGGGGGAAGGGGGAGGCGCGGUGGGGGAAGAGGGAGGUGUGGUGGUGGAAGGGGGAGGUGUGGUGGUGGAAGAGGGAGGUGUGGUGGUGGAAGGGGGAGGUGUGGUGGUGGAAGGGGGAGGUGUGUGUGCCGGUGCUCAUCCCUUGGCAGACCUCAUCGCACAGUUUGCUUGGAAAACACGCGCGCAGCGCCACCUGUGGCAGCAGUACCUGCCUGCUCAGCGCUCAGUCAACCUAAGAGUUGCUUCUGCUGCUGCUGUUCCCACACCAGCAAGAGCAGCAGCAGCAGCAUAA